AUGGCAGCACCGAGCCUCGCGCUGCGGCGAACAACGCUUUUGUCCUCGUUUGUCAAGACAGCCACGCAUACCCGAACGCAUCGGACAUCCCUCCUCUCCUCUCGCUUUAAUCCAUUGCCUGUGGCAUCCCCGACACAUUCCUCGCAAACACGGCAAAGUUCAUAUUCGGGACCGACACUGAACGAUAAUGGCAAGCCGCGCAAGAAGGUUACCAUCCAAACGUUGCAGAACCUUUAUAAAAAAGGCGAACCGAUCGCCAUGUUGACGGCACACGACUUCCCCAGUGCACAUGUGGCUGACGCCUCGGGAAUGGACAUUGUGUUGGUGGGAGAUAGUUUGGGAAUGGUUGCCCUCGGACUGGACAAUACCACCGAGGUAGUAAUGGACGAAAUGAUUCUGCAUUGCCGGAGUGUAGCGCGGGCAGCCAAAAGUGCUUUUAUUAUUGGGGAUUUGCCAAUGGGCUCGUAUGAAGUCUCCGCCGAACAAGCCAUUGAAUCUUCAUUAAGGCUAGUCAAGGAAGGUCGUAUCCACGGCGUCAAGAUCGAAGGUGGCGAGGAACUCGCGCCUACAAUCAAACGCAUCACGCAAGCUGGUGUGCCGGUGGUAGGGCAUGUCGGGUUAACACCGCAGCGACAGAACGCUCUCGGUGGUUUCCGAGUUCAAGGAAAGACCAGAGCUAGCGCUUUGAGAUUGCUGAAGGAUGCACUGGCAAUGCAAGAAGCUGGUGCAUUCAUGCUUGUCUUGGAAGCUAUGCCUUCAGAGGUAGCGGCGAUCAUCACACAGAAGCUCCGCAUCCCGACCAUAGGCAUUGGCGCUGGUAACGGCUGCUCGGGCCAAGUUCUCGUGCAGGUUGACAUGACAGGUAACUUCCAGCCUGGUCGGUUUGUUCCAAAAUUCGUUAAAAAGUAUGCCGACGUCUGGGGAGAAGCCGCGAGGGGUAUCUCGUUAUAUCGAGAUGAAGUCAAGAGUCGCGAGUUCCCUUCGGAGAAAUACACCUAUCCCAUCACGAAGGAUGAACUCGCUGAAUUUGAGAAGGCCGUGGAUGAGGUUUAUCGGGUGUAA